AUCGGCGGGCGCCACAAGGUGACGUCAUCACGGCCGUUCCCGGCGCCGCUCCCGAUCCCGAUCCCGCUCCCGCUCCCGCUCCCGCUGCCGGCCCCGGCCCGUGAGGGCGGCUUGGGGCGGUCCGAUGCGGCGGCGGGCAGGAUGCACCAGAAGCUGCUGCGCAGCGCGCACUACAUCGAGCUGGGCGGCUACCAGUACUGGCCGGUGCUGGUGCCCCGCGGCAUCCGGCUCUACACGUACGAGCAGAUCCCGGUGUUCCUGAAGGACAACCCCUACAUCACCGAUGGAUACCGCGCCUACCUGCCCUCCCGCCUCUGCAUCAAGAGCCUCUUCAUCCUGUCCAACGAGACCGUCAACAUCUGGAGCCACCUGCUCGGCUUCCUGCUCUUCUUCACGCUGGGCAUCUACGACCUGACGGCCGUGCUGCCGGCGGCCGGCGCCUCCCGCGAGGACUUCGUCAUCUGCUCCGUCUGCCUCUUCUGCUUCCAGGUCUGCAUGCUUUGCUCAGUAGGAUACCACCUGUUCUGCUGCCACCGCUCCGAGAAGACCAGCCGGCGCUGGAUGGCGCUGGAUUACGCGGGCAUUUCCAUCGGGAUCCUGGGCUGCUACGUGUCAGGCGUGUUCUACGCCUUCUACUGCAGUAACUACUGGCGCCAGGUGUAUUUGAUCACUGUGCUGGCCAUGAUCCUGGCAGUGUUUUUUGCUCAGAUCCACCCCAGUUACCUCACACAGCAGUGGCACAGGCUGCGCUCCAUCAUCUUCUGCUCCGUGUCUGGCUACGGAAUCAUUCCCACCAUCCACUGGGUUUGGCUCAACGGCGGCGUUGGGGCAUCCAUUGUACAGGAGUUUGCUCCACGGGUAUUUGUCAUGUACUUCAUCGCUGCUGUAGCUUUUCUCUUCUAUAUUUCCAAAGUUCCAGAAAGAUACUUCCCAGGCCAGCUGAACUACCUCGGCUCGAGCCACCAAGUGUGGCACAUCCUGGCAGUGGUGAUGCUGUACUGGUGGCACCAGUCCACGGUGUACAUCAUGCAGUACCGACACAGCAAGCCCUGCCCCGAGUACAGCGCGGACUUGUGAGCCAAGAAGCAGCACGAGAGGAUUUGUGACUCUCAGAGUCUGGACCUCAUGUGAAGAGCUGUGCUGUCAAGGGCUGAUGCAGUUCCUUGGCCGACUCCUGGACUGCUACCUCUUGCUGGGACGGAGUGUUACUGCAAGCUUCAACAAACACAGCAGCACUGCCUGGGUCAGAGGGGCAUUUCCUUCUCAGCCAGGUCCUGCCCUGCAGUCAAGAACCUAACAGCUCUUCCAGGAGGCUGAGCUAACUUGGCACGCCGAUCCCAGCAGGAUGUUUUGUUGCCUGGCAGAUAAGAACGGCUCAGCCAAGGUACUCCGGCCUGGACACCAGGUUUUCAGCUGGUGUGCAUAGUUAGGGGAACACUCCUGGCAGCGUGCCUGUAAAAUUGUAGGAACUGUGGGAGCUGGUCCUGGAUCCAAACCACAGCCCUGUGGGCGGUGCAUCCUUCAGCCUUUACUUGGAAGGUGUGUCAUGCUUCAGCACUGGCACAGGAACACAUGAACUGGAAUUCACUGGAUUUCUGUCCUGCUCUGGACAAGCUCUUUCCCAUUCCCUGGGAGAUAACAUGACGUCCUGCACACCUAGAUCUUCAUUGCAGAUCUUAAAAAUAGCUUCCCCCACGGGGAGUCGAGGUUGUGCCAUUGCUUGAAGAAAUUUCUCUAGAUCCCUUCAGUAAUCUGGAAUCAGUAUUCAAAAAUAUUCCCGGAGUAGCACUAAGCCUGCGUGUCCACGUCUGUUGCUGUUUUGCAAUCAGGGAACCUGCUGGGGAUGCAGAUUCCUGACCUUCGGCCUUUCCCUGUGUGCAGGACGAUACUGCACUCGCACACUCCGCUCUCCAAAAGGACUGGCUGCCACAAUCCUGCCACAGUGCCAAGGCCGCUUGGAGUUUCAGGACGUGCUGUGGAACCUUCCCUCAUGAAAUGAACACCAGGGAGCCAUGAAACACACUGGUUAUUGCGCAGCUGCUGCCCAGCACCGUUGAGCUCCAGGCGUGCCAGUCUUCCAAACAGCACCGAAAUCCUUUGGACUUCCAAGUUAGAGGCAAGGAUGCUGUUGGGACUAAUCCUAAGUGGCUAUGUCGUUGUGGAGAGGGCUUCCUCCUAAUCCACUGGGAGAGGCUGGCUCUGUGCAGUGACGGCCCCAGGGCAGGCAGGCUCUGUUGGUUGCCCAAAGCUGCUUCCCUCCGGGCUAAGGCAGAGGAGCAGGACUUGUUUUCUGGUCAGGGUGUGCCAAGGAGACAUGGAAUGGAGGUGGAAGCUUACAGAUGGGCACCUGCAUUCCUCGGGCAUGGAGAAGGCAGGAUGGGAAGUGCUCCCGAUGUGCUGGAGAGGAAUGCGGUCUGUUUAGGUCAGAGGGCGGUUUUGGUGCUUUUCUGUUGGUUUUUUUUUUAACUCCAGAAACAAGUAUUGGCAAAACUGACUCUGCAGUACUGAUUCAGCUCCCAGAGCUUUCAGCCUUUUAGUGUAAACACUGAUUUUUUAUGAUUUUUUUUUAACUUGACAGCCAAGCAAGUUUCAAGUGCACUAAUUACUACUACUGAAGCCUGACAAGGAACUUGCAAGUGUCCAAGUCUGUUUCCCGUGUUAUGUGUACAGUAAUAUCCCAAUAAUGUGUCUGUAGUAUUACUGACUUUAGCAUUUGCUAAUGUAUUUUUAUAAUGGAAACUCUUGAACUUCUCCAGCAGUUUUCACCAGAGAAGGAAACUGAUUGCCAAGCUGUGCAUUUUUACCUGACACACUUUAUCAAGCUGCAUGAUGAUCUUUGAUGUACAUACUGAACUUAUAAAUAAAUUCCAGUUCAUUGGCUCUCUCCUUGGAGUAACAUCAUUCCUGCAUCUCAUGCAGCAAAACAGUAGAUGUCAAUGGCUCAGCCACGGAACUUGUGCCUCAGACAGGGAUUUUUGGGGGAGACUCUCUAGCUGAAUUUGCUGAUGAACUCAGCAUUUCAGCCUACUACCGGUACUCUUUAUUAACGGAGUCCUGCUUGCUUGAUCUGUUCUUGACCAUUUCCGUUCUUACUUCAGCUCACCCAAGAGUAAAAUCAAUAUAAGAGCAUCCAAACAACCUGCUACACUAAUUAACUGCAGGAAAGGGCUUACACCACAUACAGUUCUGUCCUCAAGUGCAGAUCUCAGUCCAGUGGCAUUGGGACCCAUACACCACCUUCCUGCAGGAAGGUUUUAAGGAGUAACACUGAACCAAAGGAUUUUCAACCAAUUGGACACAGCAGGAUGAUUGGGCAGCACAUACAAUACUUUAAACAGUUUCUAAGAGAGUCACAGGUGCUGACAUGACAGCUACAAAACCAUUUAGCAGGACUGCUUAUGAGUAAAUGAAAGCCUACACACGAAUACUUCACCAUGCGGCGUUGAAGAGACCUGCAAAGACACUGUUACCAGGUUCCUUUAUUUAACAAUCCAAGGGGUUUAUGAUAUACAUCAGCUUCACAAAAAAGUUAAAAGUUCAGACUUUAGUAGUACACAAAAAAGCUUUAGAAACUCCAAGUCUAACAAGAAAUGGAAGUGUAGUUCAGGCAAGUGCACUUAAAAGCUGAAUGCCAGCAAUUUUAAAACAGUUUUUAUGCUCUUUAAUAGUAGGUGAUGCCUCAGUCAAACUUUACCAUACACACCAUCUCGUUGAUUUCCUUUCAAAAUAAGCUCCAUGGAACAGUAACACAGCAGCCACCCUUGGUGCUUAACUCAUAUUCACUCAAGUCACAAACACUAUUGUGGCUGCUGGGCUACCAACACCACAGCAACUCCAAGGGGUACGUGAUGUGUGCGAGCAUGUGUAUAUUUUAUAUAUACUCCUUAGAUAUAUAAAAAUACACCAUAUAGUAUAAAAAACUCCAGAUAAACUCUUUUUCUCACAGUAGCAAAUAUAUCAACUUAUUUUCACAGUACUUGGUUUUACUAACUGGGACACCCAGAACGAUUAUAAGCUUUCUCCUCAGACACUGGUGCUCACAGAGCCCCCCACCACAGCAUUAAUUGCAUUAAUUACACACCUAAGGGCCCUUUGAGUCCGCAGGCAAACACAACUACCUGGUUUUUCCUUCCAUCACCACAACCACUUCAAAGAGGUUGUGCUUCUUAGCACUUGGGGACUGACACCCUCUCCAGCAGCUGAUCCUAGAAGGCCUGUGCUUCAGUCCCUCAGCAUACCGAAGGAGAAGCUGUAAAAACCCAUUGGGAUUUCUGCCUGGAAAGGAAGCGCCAACCCCUUACCUUGCCCUCUUGCUACCACAGGCAGCACGUACCUAUCUACUGCAGCAAGGGCUUUCCUGAUUCCUACUAAGGUCACGUUGCACUCCACACACCCUGAAAAAAGGCAGAGGAUACCCCAUUCCCUGACAGUCACACAUUUCACCUCCUUUGAAUAGCGGAUAGUGGCUGAAAAUAACCCAAACUUGGGUUCAGGUGUGCAUAAACUACAUACACCAGGAAAAGUCAGCUUAGCAGUACGCACCAAUCUCACAUCGACCGUGAGAAAGGAUAAAAUAACUAAAGAAAAAGAAAUUAAAUUUAAGCAAAAACCUGACUGGUGUCUCAAGUAUGAAGAACCAGGUUUGUUAAGGCCAUCAGGAGGCAAAUAUGGGCUAUAACUCAUGCCAGCUCUAGAGUCACUGGGGUAUGCAGCUUGCCUUUGCCUUACCUGUCCCUUCAGCUUGGCUGUGCUGCAAUCUAACUGCAUAGAGACCCUCUGCCAAAGCCCCCUGCAGCCCCCCUCAGCCUGGAGCCUCGGGGUAAACCAACAGCACUGAACACGUUUCCCAUUUGUAAUUUACCUGAUGGCUUGCUGGGUCUGUCACGCCCAGCCUCCUCCCUGCAUGUCCAACAGCCCCCAGCUCUCCUCCUGGACCCUGGAGCCAAGCCCCAGGGCCAUGUGCAUCCUUAACCCUUCCUGUUGCUUUCCCACUGGGAAGACAGCAACAGCCUGGCUUUGGGGAGGACCAGCCACAUUUGGGACCACAGUUUCUAUCUCAUUUUGUGUCCACCUCACUGCCACACUUGCCAUCUCGCUGUGUUCCAAGGGCUCUUCAGGCAGGCAACAGCUCUGAAAGACAUUGAGAAGGGCAGCUAAUAAGCAUGCAUAGAGAUAAAAAGUGAAAAGGACUGUUAACCUGAGUGUCAGAAAUGCUACAAAAACUGGCAUGUGCUUCUUGCAGCCUUUGGCACCAAACAGGUGAGAAGAGCAGUAAUAAAGCCUGGAAAAGUCCUGUGUUGAAACAUUUCUACUCAAUCUCCUAAGGGCUUAACUCCUAAGCCUGGAAAAGGCACACUGAGGCAGGCACAGCUGGAAUAUCCCACUCACACCCUGUGAGAAGCGAAACUGAGGAAGGUGAAGGUAGAUAUCUGUACACCAUCACUGCGAGCUACAUUCAGAAUCCAGAGCUAAGGAAGCCAUCUCACAUAUAUCCCAGGGGGCAUUUUAUCAAACUGAUCCCAAAGGAGUCACGUGACUUGCUUUCCACGUGUUUUCAGUGAAUAUUGAAAGGGACCAAAUCCCCCCAUCAUCUCCUGAAUAUCCAGCAGGAGGCGUAGGGGGAAAACAGCUCACAACCCUGAAUAUUUCACUUCACCUGUGACACGGGGGCACGUGAGGACACCCGGCCACAAACAGCCAUGUCCCCCGUGUGCAAACACCCAGCUACCCACUCCUCAGCCUCCAGUGGAGCAGGACAGAAAGGUGGGCCAAGCCGAGGAGCCACCUCCUUCCGUGUCCCCGUGAGGACGGCCAAGGAAGCCAGGCUGGGCUGUCCCGAGGGGCACUGUCUCCGCACACGUGUCCAUCCCGCCUGCACCCACCAGCAGCUGCUGCACCACAGGAAGCAAACGCCGUGCUCGGCAGUGGUCACACCUCCUGCCAUCACCCGAGGCACCUCCUGGGCAGCAGGACAGGGGUCCUCCCCUAAAAGCUCCGUGGGGUGAAACGCAGCUCAUGGUCCGGCAGCCACCAGCUCCUGCUGGAACACAGCCGGGGCGGGAAGUGUCCCCAAAGCUCAGUGUAUUCAGUGACCCUUCAAAGAGCAUCAGGUUACAGUCAUCUCAUAAAACUGUCGUGGUAACAAACCAACAGGUCUGACAGAGGACACAUCUUUUCAAUCAAAAUCCAAGAGGAAAACAGACACAAAUCCCAAGCUGUAAUCAAACUAAUCCAAAGGUUGUGCCUCACAGUCAACUCUGCCAGUCAUCUGAAGCACUCGAUGUGCUCAGGGACAGCCCCUCUUCCAGUGAGGAGUCUCCCAAAGUGCUGCAAUCCCAGCCAUGUCCCUGCGGGCUCACUCCCCCACACAUUCGGGCUUCUCACAGAUCAGUAAACCACCUGCUUCUUUAGUUUUGACUCUACAUUUCCAGUUUGCUACUUUACAUUAAUGGCACUUACUAUUAAAAAAAUAUUUCAAAAUUGACCAUUUAGGCACACACACAAAAAAAAAAAAA